GAUCGACGGAAACAUAAUUGUUAGAGAAAAAACCUCUUCCCAUCAUCCAUCACUUGACAAUUGAAUAUCAACUAAAUUGCAGGACGAACUGUAAAAGGCCACUGGAAUCAUCUGAAUUUUGAUAGCGAGACUUGGUCGACUCGCCCCCACCGUGCCGAGUCGCCACGAUAGCCGAGUCUCAACUCCAAACCCUCGAACAAAGUGCCACCCUAUUUAUUUCAUCCCUAUCCUCCUCUCCCUUCCAUUCCCUCGAGUUCUACUCGCGAUCUCCUCCGACGCCGCCCUAGCUUAUAUAUCUCACCGCUUCUCUUCCUCCCUCUUGCAAGUUUAGCUCUCUGUUUACAGUACGAAUCAUGGUUUCUGCCGACGCCAUUCGCACAGCAGUUGGAAUUCUUGGGAAUGGGAUUGCACUGGCUCUCUUCUUGUCUCCACUGCCGACGUUUGUGAGGAUAUGCAAGAAGAGGUCGGUGGAGGAGUUCUCGGCGGUGCCGUACGUGGCGACGCUGCUGAACUGCACGAUGUGGUUGGUGUACGGGCUUCCGGCAGUGCACCCCCACAGCACCCUGGUGCUGACCAUCAACGGCGCCGGCACGGCCAUCGAGCUCGCCUACGUCCUCCUCUUCCUCGUCUACGCCCGGGGCGGAAGGCAGCGGGCGAGGGUGGCCGCCAUGCUGGCCGCCGAGGCCGCCUUCGUCGUCGCCGUCGCGCUGAUGGUGCUCACCACGCUGCGCACCCACGAGCGCCGCUCGAUGGUCGUCGGCGUCCUCUGCGUCGUCUUCGGCACCAUGAUGUACGCCGCGCCCUUAUCUGUCAUGAAAUUGGUGAUACAGACAAAGAGUGUUGAGUACAUGCCUUUAAGUCUGUCGCUUGCGUCUUUCUUCAAUGGACUUUGUUGGACGGCUUACGCUCUCAUCCGCUUUGACCUUUACAUCACCAUUCCCAACGCGCUGGGGGUGAUGUUCGCCGUGGCGCAGCUGGUGCUCUACGCCGUCUACUACAAAUCAACUCAGCGGCAGAUCGCCGACCGGAAGCGUAAGGCGGCGGAGAUGGCAGAGGUGGUGGUCGUCAAGGCGGCGGCGGCCACCGUGGCUGUUGAUGCUAAUGAUGACAAGGCCGGAGGCGGCGGCGCCCAAUGAGGAGGCCAGAAGAAUUCGAAUAAUAUAGUAAUUAAUUCUCAUGGUGUAAAAUUAACCUAAAAGGCAAAUUUUAAAUUUGCUAGGUGCUUGAAUUUUUAUCAGAAUAAUUGUUCGACUUUUUGCUCUGCUUUUAAAAUUUUUAAACUAAACCUUCUCGGCUC